GAACAAGUGUUUAUUGUGCCGAUGCCUCGGAUAAAAGGCUCCGUGCACCUGCAGAAGUUGAUGUUCAGCCAUGAAGAGGAGCAAGGGGCUGUGUAUCUUGGCUGCUGUGCUCGCAGCCCUGGGCGGGUGCCUGGGCCAGGCUGAGCAAUGCACCGGGGCCGUGCAGAAGCGCAUUGACUGCCACCCCCAGCCGGGCGCUUCCCAGGAGGCCUGCGAGGCGCGGGGCUGCACCUGGUGUGCCACCGACGUCGCCAACGCUCCCUGGUGCUUCUUCUCUGAGGACAGUCCCUACGGCUACUCCCUGGGCGGGAACACCGAGUUGACAGCCAAGGGCUGGAGGGUAAUGCUGAACAAGCGCCACACCCUCUCCCUCUUCGGAAAUGACAUUUCCCCGGUCGUCUUGGAAGUGGAGUUUCAGACCAGGGACAGGCUCCGGUUCAGGCUCUACGACCCCAACAGUCAGCGGUUUGAAGUCCCACUUCACAUUGACUCCCCAGGGGUUGCUGCUGAUGAGGCCAACUAUGAGGCGGAGUUAGCGGAGGGCUCCUCGCACUUCAGGAUCAAGAGGAAAAGCACCGGCACAGUGUUGUGGAACAGUCCCCUGGUUGAUCUGUUUUUCUCCAACCAGUAUCUUCAGAUCACCACUGCUGUGCCAUCCACCUCAGUGUAUGGGUUCGGUGAGCAAGAACACCAGUCCUUCAAACACAGCAUGGACUUCAUUACCUAUGGCAUGUUCAGCAGGGAUCAGGCACCUACGCCACUUGUCAACCUCUAUGGAGUUCACCCUUUCUAUAUGUGUGUAGAAGCUGACUCCAAUGCCCAUGGUGUUCUCCUUCUGAACUCAAAUGCACAAGACGUUUCUCUGAGUCCAGACCCAUCUGUAACUUUCCGCACUAUUGGAGGGAUUCUCGACUUCUAUGUCUUCCUUGGACCCACUCCUGAAAAUGUAGUUCAGCAAUACACAGAGGCCAUUGGACGCCCACACAUGCCUGCUUACUGGUCCCUGGGAUUUCAUCUCUCCCGAUGGGGUUACGGCAGCAUCGAUGUUUUAAAGGAAACUGUCAAUCGCAUGCACUACUAUGAUAUCCCAUAUGAUGUCCAGCAUCUUGAUAUCGACUACAUGGAACGUCACAUGGACUUUACCUAUGAUAAAGUGAAUUAUGCAGGUCUGCCAGAAUACGUGCAAAAGCUGAAGAGGAAAGGAAUGCACAAUGUCGUGAUUCUGGACCCUUUCAUAACUAAGGAUGAAGAACCAGGCACUUACAGGCCUUAUGAUCUUGGGGAAGAAAUGGGAGUCUGGGUGAACAACUCCGAUGGUGUAACUCCUGCUGUUGGAAAGGCCUGGCCCCCCGGUGACUCUGUGUUUCCUGACUACACCAACCCCAGGACAGCUGAGUGGUGGACCCAGAUGUGUCUGGAGUUUAAGGAUGUCCUGGACUACGAUGGGAUUUGGAUUGAUAUGAACGAACCAUCCAAUUUCUUAACAGGCCAGUAUCCUGGGUGUGCUGUUAACAAUCUCAACAACCCACCUUACGUUCCUAGCAUUUCUGAUCAUUCCCUGGCACAGAAGACAUUGUGUCCCGACUCCAAGACUUACCUGGGAGAGCACUAUAACACACACUCUCUCUUCGGCUGGUCACAGACAGCACCAACUUUCCACGCUGCCCAGCAGGCAACUGGAAAGCGAGCGUUUGUCUUGAGUCGGUCUACGUUUGUCGGCAGUGGGAAGCAUGGUGGCCACUGGCUGGGUGACAACUUCUCUCAGUGGAAGGACAUGCACCGGUCAAUCAUUGGAAUCCUGGAAUUCAAUCUCUUUGGCAUCCCCUACAUUGGUGCUGAUAUUUGCGGUUUUAACUAUAACACCACCUAUGAAUUGUGCUUGCGCUGGAUGCAGCUUGGCUCUUUCUAUCCAUUUUCCAGAAACCACAAUGCAGAGGGAAAUAAAGAACAAGACCCAGCCGUGUUCGGAGCAGAGUUUGCCAAGAUUUCUCGUGCUACACUUCGGAUCAGAUACUCACUGCUGCCAUACUUAUACACCUUGUUCUAUGAAUCUCAUGUUCACGGAAACACCGUGGCGCGGUCACUGAUGCAUGAAUUUACCUCCGAUCAGGAGACUCAUGGAAUAGAUACUGCCUUCCUUUGGGGACCUGCUUUUAUGAUUGCUCCUGUUCUUCAAGAGGGAGCAAGAUCCGUGGAUGUAUACUUCCCUGAAGCAACAUGGUUUGACUACUAUACCGGUCACAAAGUGCCAAGUACCUGGAAGAAGAACUAUGCUACCGUGGCCGCGCCAUUGAACAAGAUCCCUCUGUUCAUCCGUGGAGGCUACAUCCUGCCAGAACAGGCACCAGCCAGCACCACUACUAAGAGCCGUCUGAACCCAUUUGGGCUCAUUAUCGCCUUGGAUGAACAUGGAGAAGCUUCUGGGUCUCUCUUCUGGGAUGAUGGUGAUUCAAUCGAUACUAUUGAAAACGAGAACUACUUUUUGGCUAAAUACACAUACAGCAAAGGAAAUCUGAAGACAGAAAUACUUAAAAAUGGCUACAGAGGAGCUGACACUCUGAAAUACAACAAAAUUACGAUUCUCGGCCUGAAACAGAGACCUCAUGCUGUUACUCUGAAUGGAAGAACCAUCCGUGGAAAUGCUUUCUCUUAUGAGCUGAGCAGGAAACUCACUUUAUGGAUUUCUGCCCCACUUACUCAGGAACUCAACAUUAGGAUUUACUAGAAUGGUCAGAAAACACUGAUAUCAUUUAGCACCCUUGACCGUCAGAUACUGAUCUUACUUUGAUUUUGGGGUAAAAAAGAAAAAAACAACAUUUAGCCAUUAAAACAUCGCUUCUGUACCUGACAAUUGUUCUUUUCCUAUGUAGUAUUUGUAACUCAGUACUCUUCAAAUAAAAUUUCCAAUAAUAGUUAA